AUGGUUCACGAUUUUGAUCCGCGGUCACUAUCAAUUAAAUCGCUUCCAGGCGGUCGGAUGCGAGAGGACAUGAGUAAAGUGAUCACCUGUCAGACGGAUGAAGGUGGCGCGAAUCCAGCUGUGAACAUAACGUGGCGACAUCUGAGUCCUCUAGGUGCUCCCGAGAAACUGGAGGAAGACAUGCAAAUCUCAUCUGGUCACCGCAAGGGCACUGGCGGUGGCAUUGUGAGUCAUUCAAACCUGACUAUUCGUGCUCACCGUCGACUCAAUGGACAUCGCAUUGAGUGCAGCAUUGAGAAACCAGGACAAAUAACGCUUCUUCGAAAGAGUGAAACGCUCGACGUCAUUUUCGCGCCAAACAGCGUGCAGAUUCACCCCAGCGUCAGUGGAGGUGUAUCUGAGGGAGACGCGAUCUCCCUCACCUGCGCCGUAGCCGUCUCCAAUCCCCCAGCUAUGGUGCGUUGGUUCGAAUUUCCACCGGGAGCAGGUGGUGAAUCGGAUUCGGGGCGAGAAAUAACAGAUCUGGCCCAAAUUGAUCUGACUCCUGGGGAAUAUGGUGGAAUGCUGGUCGAUAGCACACUCAGUGUUUCAAAGACUUUCCGUUCGAAUUCACAAACGGAAUAUCGAUGUGUCGUUAAUCAGGAUGCCAUCAAAAAACCUGUGGUUGCGGAAUACAAGCUCAACAUUUUGUAUCCUCCAAGUGUAGAAAUAGUGAGCCUUCCCAACGAUCCAACGGAGGGUCAAUCGGUGACGCUGUCGUGCCUUUCCCAUGGAGGGGUGCCCGACAAGGGCUUCUCGUUUUCUUGGUGGCACACCAAGGAUCUCCAAUUGCCUGAAACUGUUACCCAAAAUCCUUCUUCGUCUUCUUCAAAGGAGGAGCUAUCUUCAGUUGUUGCUAAAUCCCUUCUCUCCACAUUAAACACCACUCAGUUGGCCGAGAUGUUUGCUAGUCACAUGACUCAGAUUCCAAAUCACACGGGGCGUCAUUUAAUGCUUGAUGGAAUCUCCUUAGAACAGGCUGGAUGGUAUGGAUUUUUCGCUGACUGUGACUACAUUUCGUUUUUCACAGAUGCGCCGAAAAUACAUGCGAGCACAAAAUUCAUCCAAUAUGCUCAACCGGGUCUCAAGGCCGAAUUUGUGCUCACCGUUGAGGCGCGGCCAGCAAGGGCUGAGUACAUGUGGUUCUGGAUCGGUGAUGAUUCAGCCUUGGCUAGUAAAGCCCGGGGCAAGAUCCUUUCCCAAUCCUCUGCUCAAGCUUCAUCCCAUUUUCUAAGCCGACGAUCCAUAUCCCCUUUGAAAGCAAUCUCAACAUCCACCGUUCCCUGGGUCAACCGCGUGAAGCAGACAUCCAGCAAAUCUGGUGAUAAUAGGCUCACCUUCACUCUGGCAUUUAGGGAGGUACUGGAGUCUGACUUCGGGAUUUACAUGUGCCAGGUCAACCAUAAAUCUGGAACUCGAGAAUUCUACUUUGAGCUGAAGCCUCAAACACACUCGAAGGGUAUAAAUCCUGACAGCAUUCGUAUUACAAGCGAGGGUCGAAAAGUUCGUGUAGAGUUUGAGCCUCCGAACAGUCAGUUUUACUCUCGUAUCGUCUUACGUAUCUGCCUCCCCGUUCACCUCACCUCGGGAUCAGGAAGAACAGUGCGACCUUCUGAGGAGUUGGUCUUUCUCCGUCCUGUUAAGGAUAGCAGUGGAGGCCCGGCACCCUCGUCUGUCGACGUAUUGGCCGCCGCGUCGAAUAACGACGAGUGUGGGGACUAUGAAGUGACUUUUGCGGAGCUGGGCUUCCUACAGGUUGAACUGGAUAAACCCAUUGCUGACUAUACUUUUCAGUUUCUUGUUUACCAAGAUAAGCAGCUCAGACAGAUUACACGACCAAUCAGGUGGAACAAAGAUGACCCUCCUCAGACAUCAGCGACAUCUAAGCUACUCGUGCAAUUGAUCAUCGGAAUUCUUAUCACAUUACUUGUGGUUUGCCUUAUUGCUUUUCUUAUCUACUACUUCUGUUCCUGCCUAAAGAGGAGAAACAUGAAAAAACUUGCCCCAGCGACUAGUAAUGGCUUGCUCCACGGGACUCGAACAUAUCAAACCCUUGAUAUGAGCAAGUCGUAUGGAUCUCCUCCGUCUGGGGCGGGUUCGAUCAGCGCUGAUAUAGGUUUGUUGCAUCCCGCCUAUGCCCGGCAGUCUUUAGCUUCGAUUGUGGGCAGUUUUGUACGGAAUGCUAAAUGCUGUUUAGGAACAGGGUCCCCGCUCACCGGGCCUAUACCAACACUUUCUGUUAGCAGUUCCAUCAACGAGGACAAUGAAAACCGACGAACGCCAGGUGCGCGGUCUCCUGCAUGGCGUAAAUAUCAAAUUCUGUUCCUUGUAGGUAGUUCGUGCCAGUCGACCAAGGGAUUCUACGCUCCUCAAUCUACAGGCCACAUGGCAAGCUCCGCCCAUCCUCUUCUAGAGAACACUUAUCAUCCAAUGCAGAAUAAUGAAAUGCGAAGCAGCCCUAGUAAUACCAGCCAUGUGUCAGCUCUGACGCAACGAAUUCUCUCAGAAGUCUACAUUGCAGCAGCCAAAGCCGCUUCAAUAGCCGUGAGCGAGUCCAUCGCCAGUGGCAGUAUGGAUGCUGUGAACCAACCCGUCGGCGGUCCAGGUAGUUACCGACCUGGAUCGCAGUGCGGCGAGUCGGUCUCAAUGAUUGGAGGGAGCAUUUCCGCGUUAGACGGACUGGGUGGAUAUCCAGCUUCUACCUCCAAUGGCGCAGCACGGAUGAGAAAGUCCCCAAACACACGAACAGUCACACCGACCUAUCAGGGUCACCUGACACCCCAGCAGGUUCUCAGUCAGCAAAUUCUGCGCCCCCGAAUGCCUUCCCAAAUGGGUUACGGCUGGAAUUCCCCUCUUUUGACGGCACAGGCAACAAUGCGGCUGAAUGAGGCUGCAAGUGCUUUAGCAGCAGCGGCAGCAGCAGCCGUUUUGGAGGCAACUGGAGCCACACCAGAUCUCAAUAGUCAAGGCCCCACCACGGUUCCCCAUGUUUCCCGAUUCAGUGGUGGUGGCGGUGGUGUUGGUGGGGGAGGACAAGGAACGAGCAGCGAGGAUGGAGAGAGUAUUUCUUCCAGCUCCUUCUUUCCAAGAACUCCUAAUAGCAGACUUAACAGUCAGGACGCUACCACAAAGGUUCAGAGAAAAAAAGUUCUUCAAGGAGCUCGCAAGGGAUCCCUGUCAAACUCAGGCAAUGAGUUCCUUAUUCCAAUGCUGGCUGUUCCUCCUAACUACCCCCAAGUUAUUGAUCCUCGUGGUGGUCGCACUCCGCCUUCCGAGAUGACAUGCCUCUCCACCUCUCCUCUCGACGGCACGUGGAUUCGAGGCUUUCAACCCAUUCAAAACCCAAGAACUGGAGAAGAACCUAAAUUCAAUCCUUACCCCCAGAGCGAAGCUGCAAGUAAUACCUCAGCACUCAACGUCCCCACUUUUGUUACUUCAUCUACCCCAACCACAGCCCGCCGUUCUGCGAUAAACCCUCAGCCCCCCUCAAGUAACGCUAGUUACACCGCAGAGGACGGUAACCCCAAUGACAAUACCCUCCGGGCAAACGCUGAUCAGAGCUUUAAGCCCCCGCCACAGAUUAUGCAAGCAGAAAAACAAGAACAGUUGCCUCUUCCAUCACCCCCACCGUCUUCCGAAACCCAGCAAUAUCGAGAAUAA